AUGGAAAAGGCACAGAAAGGAGGUCUAGAAAGCACUCCCGCACCUGAGCACGAGCUCCCCAGCUACACCACUGCGCAGAACGAGCAGAAGAAGCAAGAUGAGGGUGCAGGCCCGAGUAAUAGCGGCUUGGGCUUGGGGAAGGAGCACCACAAGUAUCUCGAGACGGCGAAGGGCAAGAAAUGGCUGUCGAUGUUCGUCAAGAGCCGCGCAACUAAUCCAACCUCGCUCCCCGUGUUCUUCGAGGGAGACAUAAUCUCUGGUCGGGUCGAGCUCGAUAUCGACAAGGCAGAGAGCAGCAAGGGAAUCUCUAUCACUAUUCAGGGCGGUACGACCUUCGUGGGGCAAGAAGAGGAGAUCUUUCUCAAAGAAGAGAAGAGUCUCUGGACAGGCUCCAAGCUCAAACCUGGGAAGCAGUCCUGGCCUUUCAAGUUCGUGCUACCGAAGGAGGUGACGAUCAAGGACGCAGGCACGUUCCGUAUCCCGCCGCAUUACACCGAGCGCGCAAGUCCAGCAUACAUCGACUACAAGCUGAUAGUCACCGUCAAACGCGGGUUUCUGAAGGUUAACCAGACGCUUGUUACUAGCUUUGGAUACCAGCCAGUUACUGUGCCUGAGCAGCCCUCGCCACUGAGGCGCAUUGCCUAUUCGGAAGGAAGUCCCUUGAUUGGGCCAGAGGGUGAUCCGGAGGGUUGGAGAGUCUUGCCUACACUGAAGAUCAAGGGGACAUUGUUCAACACGAAGGAGGUCGAAGUGGAUUGCACGUUGGCCAUAGCAAAACCGCUUUCCUAUGCUCUUGGAUCGCCGAUUCCAUUAUUGAUUACAUUCAGCGGAGACAAUCCACAAGCCCUGGAUCUGCUUGCCAAUCAGAAUGCUAUUCAGUUGCGAUUGCGCAGAGGAAUGGCUACUGGCUCGGAUGCGAUAGAUGAUAACGGCAUACGACGCACGGAUAAUCACUUUGUAGAAGAUUGCGGAGGCGCAUACUUCUGGCCGUCACGAGAGGGGGCGGAUGAGCCCAACCGAAAGGUUUUACAAGGAGAGCUGGAAGUUGUGAAAACCCUCAAGCCAAGUUUCAAAUUUCCGAAGGUCACCAUCCGGUAUUCACUCGACCUUUUGCCAUUUUCCGCAUCCGGCUUCGUUAUGAAUGAAACAGUCCCAGGUACUGUGUUGCUGAAAGAAACAGUCACAAUAGCGACUAGACAAAUCCUGGGCUUAAAUGCACACUCAUACGCACCGCCUGGAUACGAGAAGCCACAGAACGUCGACUACAACAAGUCUCUGGGAUUGUUGGAAAACGGAAACCAGAGGUUUUUAGGCCAUCAUCAUCGAUAA